AUAUCUGAAAUCCUCCGUUCUGAACUCCUCACGCUUUUCACGUCGGCCGUUUUGCAGACGUUGCGUGGGAACUGAAACGCCUGCACACGGACGAGAGCAUGGCACAACAUUCCAACCCAAAUCACAGGAGAAAGACCAUCCAACUAAGCGGCGCCGAGCAACGGUUCCUGACUACGUGGCGGCGACACGCAGGCGUCUCACGUGAAACCGAGGAACGCUGGGAGCCAGCGGCGCAUAACAGUUACGGGGGAGCGGGAGUAUCGGUGGUCAUGAAUGGUAGCCGUUGCAGCUGGCAAUGUCCGUUGACUUGUUCAAUAAAAUACCUUCCAGGAUGCACAAACGACUGCCUCGAGUCUCGCAGGUGGUGCCUAAAAUACGCCGACGUCAGUGAAACCUCCGCAAGCACCGAUGCUGACGAUCUGGACAACUGCAUUGAGAGUUUUCCCAUGUGCACUGGACAGCGUAAGGAUGACACGACAGGGCCUUUUCGGCACCUCGACGAUCUCGGGACGCCGUCGAAAAGAUUUCUUGCUGGGAAACACGUCAGGCUACCGCCUUCCUCGGCGGGGGCAUUCGUUUUCCGCAGAACACUGGAGUCUGUCAGCCGACGCGAUCAACAAUCCACUGAAGGGUUCGGCGAAUCAGAGAAUUAUGACGAGACUGAACUGGUAGAUAGUGUUUCACACGUGGUGGUCGGCGAACCGAAGGCGGCACCUGAGGCCACUUCCGUGGAGAUUUCGAAGACUCCAGAUGAGGGUGGUAGAUUCCGAGGAGGCAGCCGUCAAAAGCUUCGGGCGUGCCGUAUUAUAUCCGAUGCGAGCACUGACUGCGACGGUAACGCCGAAGAUGGCACCUCAUAUUCUCCAGUAGCUGUUGGCGACAGUCUGAAGGACGGGGAGAAUAUCAGAUUGCAAAAACGGUCUAGCGCGCUGAGGAAAUGA